AUGUUGUACCCAAUUUUGCCAUUAUUUGGCACAGAUUACAAAUCUGUUCUUAAUAAAAACCCAUUCUUAUACUUAACUCAAAGAGCUGUAAUCGAUACUACCCAAUUAAACUCUGUUAAUUCCAUCAAGCAGUUCAUUAACGAUUCCAGAGAAAGAUUUAACUCGAUUGAUAUCUUAAUAAAAAAUGCUAAUCAAUUCAAUGAAGAUCAAUUAAUCGAAUUGUUAAAUAACGGAGUCUCCAAAAUUUUCACUUUAGUAGAAUUACCAACAUCCAACACUAUCCCGCAGACUAGAAUCAUAUCUAAUGUCCCAAAGUCUCUAGCUCCAGCUAAAAAUCUCACUUUAAACAAGUUUGUAUCCUGUCUCAUUGAUUCAAUUAAAACUGAUAGACCAGACGGUUUAUAUACUACUUUAGUAGUGGAUUCUAAUGAAAGAAUCCUAGGUUUGGUCUAUUCUUCGAAAGAGUCUAUCCAAUUGGCUGUUGAAAAACAGGUAGGUAUCUAUUAUUCUCGUUCAAGAAAUGGGAUCUGGGAAAAAGGCGCCACUUCAGGUAAUACUCAACGUCUAUUAGCCAUUGAUAUCGAUUGUGAUGGUGAUGCCUUGAAGUUUGUUGUAGAACAAAAAGGAGAUGGUUUCUGUCACUUAACCACCGACUCGUGUUUUGGUGAUUUCAAGUAUGGUCUAUAUGAAUUACAGUCACUUUUACAAGAUAGAAAGGCUAAUGCUGUUCCUGGCUCUUAUACAAAUAGAUUGUUUAGCAAUACUACCUUAUUAAAUGCUAAGAUUGUUGAGGAAGCUGAAGAAUUAACUGACGCAAAGAGCAAAGAUGAAAUCGCUUGGGAAGCUGCUGAUUUAUUCUAUUUUGCCUUAACCAAAUUAGUAGCUAAUAAUGUCUCUUUAUCUGAUGUGGAAAGAAAUUUGGCCUCUAAGCAUUUAAAAAUUACUAGAAGAACUGGUGAUGCUAAAGAAAGAUAUCUGACCAAAGAGAAGGAAAAAGAUGUUAAAAGAAGAAAGAUUGAACAACAACAAAAACAACAACAGCAAAAUAAUACUGAUGAUCUAAUUAAUUUACACGUUGUCAAAUCUAAUGAUUUGGAAGGUGUCACUAAAGCUGUCACUAGACCAAUCCAGAAGACAGCUGAUAUCAUGCAUUUGGUUAAUCCAAUCAUCGAAAAUGUUAGAAGUAAAGGUGACCAAGCAUUAAUUGAGUAUACUGCAAAAUUCGAUGGGGUUGAAUUAAAGAAACCUGUCCUUGAAGCACCAUAUCCAGAAGAAUAUUUUGAGGGUUUAACUCAGGAAAUGAAAGAUGCUUUAGAUUUAUCCAUUGAAAAUGUUCGUAAAUUCCAUGCAGCCCAAUUACAAACCGAACCACUAAUUGUAGAGACACAACCCGGUGUUGUCUGUUCAAGAUUCCCAAGACCCAUUGAAAAAGUUGGUCUAUAUAUUCCAGGUGGUACUGCCAUCUUACCAAGUACCGCAUUAAUGUUAGGUGUUCCAGCACAAGUGGCUGGUUGUAAAGAAAUCGUAUUUGCAUCACCACCAAGAAAAUCCGAUGGGAAAGUGUCUCCUGAAGUGGUCUAUGUGGCAUCUAGGGUGGGUGCGUCUAAGAUUGUGCUAGCUGGUGGUGCUCAAGCUGUAGCUGCCAUGGCAUAUGGUACUGAAUCUGUUCCAAAAGUAGACAAGAUCCUAGGUCCAGGGAAUCAGUUUGUCACAGCUGCCAAGAUGUAUGUCCAAAAUGACACCCAAGCAUUAUGUUCUAUUGAUAUGCCAGCUGGUCCAAGUGAAGUUCUAGUCAUUGCAGAUGAAUUCGCGGAUGAAGAUUUCGUCGCUGCUGAUCUUUUAUCUCAAGCUGAACAUGGUGUUGAUUCACAAGUUAUCCUUGUUGGUGUGAAUAUCAGUGACUCAAAAGUUGCCAAGAUUCAAGAAGCAGUUCACAAACAAGCUUUACAAUUACCAAGGGUAGAAAUUGUCCGUAAAUGCAUUGCACAUAGUACUAUUAUCCUUUGUGACUCAUAUAAAGAAGCAUUUGACAUGUCAAAUAAGUAUGCACCAGAACAUUUAAUCUUACAAGUGAAGAAUGCUGACAAAUAUGUUGAUUUGGUCGAUCAUGCAGGCUCAAUCUUCGUUGGUGCCUACACACCGGAGUCCUGUGGUGAUUAUUCCAGUGGUACUAAUCAUACCUUACCAACGUACGGGUAUGCUAGACAAUAUAGUGGUGCUAAUACAUCAACAUUCCAAAAAUUCAUUACAUCACAAAAUGUUACACCUGAAGGGUUAGAUAAUAUUGGUAGAGCUGUUAUGUGUGUAGCAAAGAAAGAAGGUUUAGAUGGUCAUAGAAAUGCAGUAAAAAUUAGAAUGAGUAAAUUGGGAUUACUACCAAAAGAUUUUGUUUAA